CAUUCACAGACCUCUUUACUUUUGCUGAUCCGUGAUUGUUUGAGUUAUGUGACAGGUGUCUAUCAAUAAGUAGUAAUUCUUUUAAUUAUUCCAAAUCGCUAGUAAGAAAAUAAAGGAUAUAAUGCCCACCACACCCCCUCAAAUAUCUCCUGUGGAAGAACAGGAAAAAUAUUUGCAUGAGGCUUUAGGGGUAGUAAAAGCGGAGGCCUUCAAUAUGAAACGGACUUUGGACAAAAAUAAAUUAAUGGAUGCCCUGAAAAAUGCCAAUGUAAUGCUAGGAGAACUUCGCACGUCUUUGUUGUCUCCCAAAAGUUACUAUGAACUUUAUAUGGCUAUAACAGACGAGCUGCGUCACCUGGAGUUAUAUUUGCUGGAUGAAUUUCAAAAAGGGCCUAAAGUGAAAGAUUUAUAUGAAUUGGUUCAAUAUGCGGGCAAUAUUGUGCCCAGGCUAUAUUUACUAAUAACAGUUGGACUUGUUUAUAUAAAAACAAACAGUUCUUCAAGGAGAGAUUUGCUGAAAGAUCUGGUAGAGAUGUGCAGAGGAGUUCAACAUCCCUUGCGAGGCUUGUUCCUAAGGAACUACCUAUUACAAUGUACUAGAAAUGUUUUGCCAGACACACCCGAUGUUGAAGCAGAUUGCCCGGAGGGGACAGUAAAAGAUUCUAUAGAUUUUGUGCUGAUGAAUUUUGCUGAAAUGAACAAGUUAUGGGUGAGGAUGCAGCACCAAGGGCACUCUAGAGAGAGACAACACAGAGAGAGGGAAAGGGAGGAGUUGAGAAUACUCGUGGGCACCAAUUUGGUGAGGUUAAGCCAGCUUGAGUGUGUGACUCUAGAAAAAUAUCAGAAAUCAGUUCUGCCUGGUAUUUUGGAACAAGUUGUCAGUUGUCGCGAUGCUAUUGCCCAGGAAUACCUGAUGGAGUGUAUUAUUCAAGUGUUUCCUGACGAAUUUCACAUCCAAACGCUGAGCCCGUUUUUAAAAUCGUGCGCGGAACUUGAACAAGGGGUCAAUGUAAAGAAUAUAGUGAUUAGUUUAAUGGAAAGACUUGCCACGUUCAGUCAACGUGCGGAUGCCUUCGGUGACGGCGCAAACGUGCUGCAGGAGGUGCAGCUUUUCGAAGUAUUCUCAGACCAGGUGUCUUCGAUAAUUGCAAACAGGCAAUAUUUGCCGCCCGAGGAUAUGGUCGCCCUACAAGUGGCCCUCAUAAACCUGGCCCUGAAAUGUUAUCCGGACAGGAUUGAUUAUAUCGAUAAGGUUAUGUUGUCCAGUGUCGAGAUGUUCCAAAGGCUAGGCAUCGAACACCUGGAGUAUCAUUCGUCGGUGGCGAAGGAGCUGCAAAAGCUGCUGAAAAUCCCGCUCGACACUUAUAACAAUCUGAUUCAAAUACUCAAGCUCAAGCAUUAUGCCGGCCUGAUGCAGCAUCUCGAUUACCACGGUCGCAAAUCGCUCAGUAUCUACAUUUUGAGCAACGCUCUCGAAAACGAAACCGUCGUGCCCAGUCCGGAAGAAACGGAACAGGCUCUGACGUUACUGGGCACGUUGGUUUUCGACAAAAGCGACAAUGCCGGCGAGGUGGACAUGGAGGAAUUGGCGGAGGAGCAGAGUUUGUUGGCCCGGUUCAUACACCAGUUAAAGUCUGACGUUUUGGACGAGCAGUACCGUAUCCUUAACACCGCAAGAAAGAUUUUAGGAAACGGUGGCCCCGUCCGGAUCAGAUAUACUCUCCCGCCGAUAGUGUUCCAAGCGUAUCAGCUGGCUUACAAAUAUCGCGAUACGAAGGAAGAAAAGUGGGACAAAAAGUGCACGAAACUAUUUCAGUUCUGUCACCAAACGAUUACCGCGCUAGUGAAAGCGGAGCUGGCGGAGCUCCCGCUGCGCCUGUUCCUGCAGGGAAGCCUGGCGAUCGAUCAAAUCGGGUUCGACAACCACGAGACAAUCGCCUACGAGUUCAUGUCGCAGGCAUUCUCGCUGUACGAGGACGAGAUAUCCGAUUCGAAGGCUCAGCUCGCGGCCAUCACUCUGAUCGUCGGUACCCUCGAACAGAUCAGCUGUUUUUCGGAAGAGAAUUCGGAUCCGUUGAGGACCCAAUGCGCACUGGCGGCCAGCAAGCUCCUAAAGAAACCCGAUCAGUGUAGGGGCGUGGCUACUUGUAGUCACCUGUUUUGGAGCGGGAAAAGUUUGGCGACAAACAAGGAGGAGACACACGACGGUAAAAAGGUGGUGGAAUGUUUGAAGAAAGGUCUGAGGAUCGCCAAACAGUGUAUGGACGUUAGCGUUCAGGUUCAGUUGUUUGUCGAACUAUUGAACCAUUACAUUUAUUUCUUCGAGAAGGGGAAUAACCAGGUGACCGUAGAGAUAUUGAACCAGGUAAUUAAGAAAAUCAAAGAAGAGCUGCCAAAUCUGGAGAACUCUGACGAAACGGAACAAAUAACCAAACAUUUUAACAAUACCUUGGACCACAUUAAGACGCGGCUAGAAUCUCCUGACAGCGAUGCCAUUUUCUAUAAAGGGAUAGAGAUUUAAAAUUUAACAUGUAUCUGGCCCUUUAUGUGUAGCUUUUUCUAUAGUGCAAUGCAAAUCUUUAAAGUUGGCCCAUUGUAAAACCACAGGCUAGGUAAUGAGUAGCAAUUUGAAGAGAAAAAGUUAUUUCAGGUGGAAGUGCCCAAAAAGAGGUGUAAGUGAUAAGUAAUAAAGUAUUUUCUCGUUCUCAAAUUUGAUUGAUAAAAAGUAUGUUUCUAAAAAACCUGCGUUUUACAGUAAUUUUUCUCCAUUUUUGUUUUUAAAAAGUUAUACUUCAGUAAAAUUUGGUGUUAGCUUCACUGGCUUUUUUAAAAAUUACCUCGUUCUAUUGAAUCGAAAUAUUUUACCACAGAACAUCUUGUUGUAGAGUUGCUCAUUUACCUUUAACGGGUUUUAUUUGAAUAGGAUUUAAUUGGAACUCUGGCUCGUAGGACUACUGAAUGAAGACAUAACUUUAUAUUUUUGUACAAAAAAGUAGUGUACUUUUGUUUACAACAGUUAUUGUAUUAUAUUCCUCUUGUUAUAAAUAAAUACAUUAGCGAUUA